AUGGCGAGGGGUCUGCGCAUCGGCUCCAAGGCGGACGUGCUCAAGAACCUGCGCUCGCUGCUGCGCGUGGCUCGCGCGCGCGGCUCGCAGGAGUCCGUGGGCGACUGCAAGUUCUCCCAGCAGAUCCUGGCGCAGUACCGUGCGCGCCAGCACGAGAACGACCGCGCCAAGAUGCGCGCGUACCGCGCAGAGGCCAUCGACUACCUGAUGCUGCUGCAGGGUAUCGAGGAGCAGCGCCAUCUGUGGGCGCUGGAUGCUGGACUGGAGCAGAAGCUUUCGGGACACGAGAUCGUCAACCGCUCAGCGCGUCGCGUGGGCCUCGAGGUGCCCGAGAUGUACGCCGAGAAGCAGGCCGAGGAGGAGCGCAAGAAGACGGCGGCGGCCAAGUACUUGGCCGACAAGCAGGCAAAGGAGGCUGCGGGGCAGUAAAAGUCACACGUAGUGUGCUUCUCUGCCGGGAGGUCGCUGGUAUGCGAGCUGCAGCUCGUAUAGACUGGCUAGGGGCUGUUGCUUACUGGCCUGUUGUACACACUUCAAUGGCACCGCAAUGUUGAUUUUUUC